UGUUGGUCAUGGCCUCACGGUCGCAGUCGGAAGAUAGUCCGCGACCGGAUCGGAUGUAACUCGCCGAGUGAGUGAGGGAAGUGCUUUUCUGGGUUUCUUUUUUUUGUAAGGAAGUGAAACCGAAGAUUCGUGGCAAUGGAGGAGACGUACCGGGUGUUGGAGUGUCCGGAGCUUGGCCGCUACGGUGUGGCGGCCCGGGACUUGCGUGCCGGCGAGCGGCUCUUCGUCGAGCUUCCGUUCGCGAUUGGUCCGAAGCUCGACAGUCCACCGCUCUGCCUCGAGUGCUGCUGUCCCGUCGAUGGCGGGGACACUGGGCCACGGUGUCCCCGUUGUGGUUGGCCACUGUGUGAGGACUGUGCCGCAGUUCUGAACACCCCCGAGCUAGCCACCUACCAUCGCGGCGAGUGUGCGGUGUUUGCGGAAAAGCGUGUCCGGUUUCAGGCCGUGGAAGACUCGACGGCCGGUUGCGUGCAGCUUGACUGUAUCACACCGUUGAGGGUCCUGCUGGCCGCGGAAGUGGACCGGGAGCGGUGGGAGCGCGAGAUCGCCCUGAUGGAGUACCACGGCGAGGCGCGACGCGAUGAGGCCAACUGGAAGGUGGACGAGCGCAACAUCGUCGAGUUUCUGCGAGGACCCUGCGGGCUGGCAGAGCGGUUUUCUCCGGAGCUGAUCCAGCAAGUGAUCGGCGUGCUGGAUGUGAACGCGUUCGAAGGUCACACUUGCAAUGGGUACAGCGUACGGGGCCUUUACCCCCAGCUAGCCAUCAUGGCACACAACUGCGUGCCGAACGUGGUCCACUCGAUCCAUCCGAGCGAAGACUUCAGAUUGGAAGCACGCAUCGCGGUGGAUGUGGCGGAGGGCGAGAAGCUGUACACGACCUACACCUACACCCUGACCGGGACAGUCGCUCGUCAAUCGAUCCUGAAAGCCAGCAAGUUCUUUACGUGUCUCUGCGAACGGUGCGUCGAUCCGACCGAGCUGGGCACACACUUCAGCUCACUUCUCUGCAGCAAGUGUGUCGGAGGACUGGUCAUCUCCACCAAUCCAAUAGAUGAGCAGGCCGACUGGAAGUGUGGUCAUUGUGAUUUCAAAAUAGCGGGGGCCAUUGUCCAGAAAGCCGUCAUAACGAUGCACAACGAGCUGGACGAGCUGGUCUGCCUGGAGUAUGAUGCCGGACGGCUGGAAGCGUACGAGAGGCUGUAUAAAAAGUUCCGCACUGUGCUACAUCCACUCCAUUUCAUCAACACCGCGAUACGGCACAGUUUGAUCGAGCUUUACGGUCGAAUUCCCGGCUACGAGAUGGCUGAGCUACCGGAUGUGCUACUCGAGCGCAAGGUUGAGUUGUGCCGGGAUGUCCUUCGCGUGCUAGAGGUUUUCGAACCGGGUAGAUCGCGUUCCAGGGCCAUGGUGCUGUAUGAGCUCCACGCUCCGCUGAUUGUGUUGGCCCAGUCCGGGUUCGCAAGGGGCGAGGAAACGCGCGACGGCAAAACGUUCAAGCAGCAGCUGGCCGAAGCGGCCACGAUAUUGGAAGAGUGUGGCAGCAUCCUGGAGUGGGAGGAUCCGACCACGCCGGAAGGCAUACUGGCGAACGUGGCCAAACAAUCGCUGUUACAGCUACAGCAAAGUAUCGACAGCCUGGACUAGUAGCGAUGAUCGAUAGAUGUGAUGAAACUACGAUGCGCCGCGUGGCACAUUGUUUUGCCGUUUUGUGCCGUAUGCUUCGCCGUCAAACACUUGACCGCACCGGCAAGCGUUAGAAGUGAUUGCUUAGUGUCUAGCUUAGUUCUAUGGUAAUGUUUCCUACGAUACUCCAUUUGUUCCAUGCGUUUAUCUAAUGAUCACCGUUUAAUUAAUUUACAAUAAAGGGAAUGCAAAUCCGCAUCUCAACGCGU